UUCAUAGAAUGUCUCGACAAUUACCUCUCCAGAAUUAGUAACACGUGUAUGCAUGUUGGCGAUAUAAACAUAGACAUCAAAAGAAAUAGUAACAUAUCAAGCAGGUAUGUUAGUAUGCUGAGUAGUCAUGGAUUUCUAUCUUAUAUAAAUGAUUUCACUAGAGUACAGGGACAAGCUAAUUCCCUGUAUAGAUCACAUCUUUAUUCGAGAUCCAUUGCCUAAUUACAACUAUAUUCCAGCUAUCAUCCACUCUGAUAUAACCGAUCAUUUCCCAGUGAUACUCCAAUUGCGCGCUCAAAAUAAGCAACAUGACGGCCAUAUACUGAUAGAAAUAAAUUAUACAACAAUGCCAGAGCCGAAAAUUGGCUUAGUGUUUAUGUUGCAGACACGAUAGAUGCAGCGACCGAAAGAUCCAUAGAGGAAAGAAACAGAUUAUACACAGAGCUCAAAAAUAGCCCAACCGAAGAGAAAAAACCAACUACAACAACUAC